AUCCACGCAGGCGCGCGGUGGUUGGACUUGCUCCCCGGCGGGCAGCCGGGCGUUCUUCGGCUCCCUGAGUCAGGGCUAGGGGGUCCCGCGGGUGCGGAGGCGGCGGCACCAUGUUCCUCCGCUCCGUCAAUCUCUGGAACCUGACGUUUUAUGCCCUCAUGGUCUUCAUGGCGACCCUGGGGCUGUGGGACGUCUUCUUCGGCUUUGAGGAAAACAAGUGCAGUAUGAGCUACAUGUUUGAGUAUCCGGAGUAUCAGAAAAUAGAACUUCCAAAGAAACUGGCAAAACGCUAUCCUGCAUAUGAAUUAUAUCUUUAUGGAGAAGGAUCCUAUGCUGAAGAACACAAAGCUCUCCCUUUAACGGGUAUUCCUGUUCUCUUUCUUCCCGGUAAUGCUGGAAGUUAUAAGCAAGUUCGUUCUAUUGGCUCUAUUGCACUUAGAAAAGCUGAAGACAUUGACUUCAAGUACCACUUUGAUUUCUUUAGUGUGAAUUUCAAUGAAGAACUGGUGGCACUAUAUGGUGGAAGUCUUCAGAAGCAGACCAAGUUUGUGCAUGAAUGCAUUAAAACAAUUCUCAAGCUCUAUAAGGGUCAAGAAUUUGCUCCAACAAGUGUGGCAAUAAUUGGUCAUUCUAUGGGUGGCCUUGUUGCAAGAGCAUUGCUUACAUUGAAAAAUUUUAAGCAGGAUCUGAUCAGUCUUCUUAUUACACAAGCAACGCCUCAUGUUGCUCCUGUGAUGCCAUUAGAUCGUUUCAUUACAGAUUUUUAUAUGACUGUAAACAACUAUUGGAUUCUGAAUGCUAGACACAUAAAUUUAACCACACUGUCUGUAGCUGGAGGAUUCCGGGAUUACCAAGUUCGUUCAGGACUGACUUUUCUACCAAAAUUAAGCCAUCAUACCAGUGCCUUAUCUGUUGUGAGUUCAGCAGUGCCUAAGACCUGGGUUUCAACAGACCACCUCUCCAUUGUAUGGUGUAAACAAUUACAAUUGACUACAAUUCGAGCACUCUUUGAUCUUAUUGAUGCUGAUACUAAACAAAUAACUCAAAAUCCCAAGAAGAAAUUGUCGGUUUUGAAUCACCACUUCAUAAGACACCCAGCAAAACACUUUGAGGAAAAUCCAUCAAUAAUUUCUGACUUAACAGGGACAUCUAUGUGGGUUCCAGUAAAAGUGUCCAAAUGGACCUAUGUGGCUUACAAUGAAUCUGAUAAGAUAUAUUUUACAUUUCCCCUUGCAAAUCAUAGAAAAAUCUACACUCAUGUCUAUUGUCAGAGUACCAUGCUGGAUACAAAUAGCUGGAUUUUUGGCUGCAUAAACAGCACUUCUAUGUGCCGGCAAGGGGUUGAUUUAUCAUGGAAAGCUGAACUGCUGCCAACAAUUAAGUCUCUGACGUUAAGACUUCAAGACUAUCCAUCUUUGUCUCAUCUUGUUGUUUAUGUACCAUCUAUUCAUGGAAGUAAGUUUGUUGUAGAUUGUGAAUUCUUUAAAAAAGAGACAAGAUCCAUACAGCUUCCUGUAACUCAUCUUUUUUCCUUUGGAUUGUCUUCAAGGAAAGUGAUAUUAAAUACAAGUGGCCUGUUCUAUAAUAUAGAGCUUCUGAACUUUGGACAGAUAUACCAAGCUUUUAAAAUCAACGUCGUAAGCAAGUGCUCAGGAGUGAAAGAAGAAAUUACUAGUAUCUAUAAACUUCAUAUUCCCUGGUCUUAUGAAGAUUCACUAACAAUUGCACAGGUUCCAUCUGCUACAGAAAUUUCUGUGAAACUCCAUAUUGCUCAACCAGAAAAUGACAGCCAUGUAGCAUUAUUAAAAAUGUAUACAUCAUCAGACUGUCAGUAUGAGGUGACAGUUAAGACUUCCUUUUCACAAAUACUUGGACAGGUAGUUAGAUUUCAUGGUGGAGCUCUUCCUGCCUAUGUUAUAUCUAGUAUCCUUCUUGCUUAUGGAGGACAGUUAUACUCUCUUUUCUCAACAGGUCACUGCUUAGAAUAUGCUACUAUGUUGGAUAAAGAAGCCAAACCAUACAAAGUUGAUCCUUUUGUAAUUAUGGUUAAGUUUCUGUUGGGAUACAAGUGGUUUAAAGAAUUUUGGGAUAUGUUAUUGUUACCAGAAUUAGAUGCCAUCGUUUUAACUAGUCAGAGUAUGUGUUUCCCCCUUGUAUCGUUGAUUCUUUUUCUGUUUGGAACAUGUACUGCCUAUUGGGGUGGCCUACUCUCUUCUAUGUCUGUGAGACUCCUUUCUUCAUUGUGGCUGACUUUGAAAAGACCCUCUGAACUUCCUAAAGAUAUCAAGAUAAUAUCACCAGACUUGCCCAUUUUGACAGUUGUUUUGAUCAUAGUUAGUUGGACAACUUGUGGAGCAUUUGCCAUCCUUCUUACUUAUCUUUACUAUGUGUUUAAGAUUGUUCAUCUGCAAGCCAGCUUAACAACUUUUAAAAAUAACCAGACUGUGAACCCCAAACACUCUAGAAGAAGUGAAAAAAAAUCCAAUCACCAUAAAGACUCUACAGGACACCAUCUCCGUUUAUCUGCCAGUGAUGCUGAAGAUAGUCUUCGCAUGCACAGUACUGUGAUUAACUUAUUAACAUGGAUUGUAUUACUCAGCAUGCCAUCUUUAAUUUAUUGGCUGAAGAAUCUUAGGUAUUACUUUAAACUUAAUCCUGAUCCAUGUAAACCUUUGGCAUUUAUCCUUAUUCCAACUAUGGCAGUUCUUGGAAAUACUUACACUGCUUCAAUAAAAUCAAGUAAAUUGUUGAAGACUACUUCACAGUUUCCACUUCCUCUGGCUGUUGGUGUGAUUGCUUUUGGGUCAGCACACUUAUACAGGGUUCCAUGCUUUGUCUUCAUUCCUCUUUUACUCCAUGCAUUAUGCAACUUUAUGUAAGAUUGGAUUUAAGGAAUGAUAAAGAUCAGUUAUGCCUUUAGGUCCAGUAAUAAGAGGGAACACACAGAUCCAUCAGUGUGGACAGCAAGAUCCUUUGGAGAAGACAGGUCUAUUUUUACAAUGUUGAAAAUAGGAAAUUAGUUUUGUAAUGCUUGAGGAAAGUAGUUGAAGCAUGGUUUUGUUUUGUGGUAUGACAUCUGUGUACUAGUCAUUAUGAAAAAUCAG